UGGAGAAAAGGGAACAUUACACCUUGGGAUUCAUUUCAAGUUUUUACUUUUGUAAAUCAAGCAUAAAACAAGAUAUAUCAACAACAAAUUUGAACGAGUCCACCAUAGAUUAUUAUUUUGGUUUAUCUUUUUACAUCAUAUAUAUUAAACAUCCCCAGGUUAACCAUGACUAGGAUUCUUUUAGUCCACUCCUUGUUCAGGAAUGUCAUGGAGCAGGUUAAGAUGUGAGGCUGCUUUCCUGUAAGUAUUUCUCAUGUCACGAUAAAUCCCCCCGUUCCCUGCAUCUAACAUACCAGCUAUGAGCUAUGCGAGGGGGAAGGAAGUUCUUGGGAAGCUCUCUGUGGAAGUGACAGCGACAGCUCUCCACUGAAUGUGUCACACAGGCGUCAGCUGUGCAUGGACCGGGGGCCUCCAUGAAAGAGAGGACUGAUCAGGAUGGAGGUGAACAAGAACGACACAACUGCCUUCAUGCCCUCUGGAGACCAAAAACCUGGAUUUCCUGGAUACUACACCCUCAUUCCACUUGUCCUCUUAACCCUGAUUGGAUCAAUCCUGGCAGCGGUUAUUUAUGUCAAAAAGAAAUCAAGAUUAGAGGAGCUGCGCCACAGGCUGAUUCCUCUGUACAGCUACGACCCCGCAGAGGAGCAGGAAGAGUGGGGCGAUGCUGGCAGGGAGGAUGAGGAUGCUGAGCUGACAGAACCACUUUGCAAGUCCUCACAGCUCACAUUCACCCCCGACAACAGAAAAUGAGCUGGACAUCAAGACAGAAAAGUCCAUUCACAACAUUCAUUUACAUAAAAUUGCUUCAUGUUCAAUAUAAGACACUAGAGGGCACUGAAAGUCCACUUUAUUCCCCAGCUGUGUUUAUCAGCUGUUUUGUGUUUAAAUACAGGGUUGUGUCAGAAAUGGCAUCAGGUGUAAAAAUUCUGCCAAACCACCUUAAAGGUGGAAUGUGCUGAUAGGUGAACAAGUGAACAAGUGAAUGAAAAUGCAACCUACAUACAAAAAAAGGACCUCAUAGCUUCAAUCUUCUGCUAAGCUUUCCUUUUCCUAGCCUGAGUUUUCACUGCACACACCUGUUCCCAACUGCCAAUCAGAGGCCUUUAUAAUGUGGACAGACCUUCUUGAGUUGAGCAACUUCCACUGGCAGGAAGAUGGGAUCACUGAGAACCAGGCAGCUCUUCCAUGCUGCUUUGCUGUGGCUUUGCCUUCCCCUUCCUCUGCUGCUCUGUGAAAACCUGCAUUGCUACUACAGCCCCGUCCUGGAGAAGGAAAUAACGUUUGAACUCGUCGUGACAGAAUGCCCUCCGAAUGAGAUGUGCUUUAAGGGGUUGGGUCGCUACGGCAACUACACUGCCCUAUCAGCCAGGGGCUGCAUGUUGGAGAAAGACUGCAGUCAGGUUCACAGCCUACGUCUCCUGGGCACCGUCUACACCAUGAGCUACAGCUGCUGUGACUGGCCGUACUGUAACCGGGCCGUCGCCCUGGAGCCGCUCACUGCUAUGCUGGUGGCUGCUGCUGUGGUGGCCUGCAGCUUUUGUCUAACAUGAAUGGUAAAUGCCCAGUUUGAACAGACUGAGGAAAUUACCAGGAUAGUAGAAGAGACACUUUAAAAAUAUUUUAAUCAGUGUAUUUUUAUUUUAAAUGUAAAUAAAUUAUUUGAGACAAUCUUGUUUCUGGAUGAUAAGUAGCUGCCACUUCAUAAAGUGCUUUUCUUGUUUUUC